AUGGCAGGAAUCCUGACAUUCUUCAAGCCUAUUCUGCGGUUUUUCAUUUACAGUGGCAUGAUCAUAUUUAUUUGUGAAUACCUAGUUUACUACAUUGUUAUGUUCCAAUGUCCAUGGCCUUCUACAAGCUUUGAGAACGUCCAUAAUCAUAAUGGUCAAAUCGCCGACUCUGCAUGGGUUUUCAACGGGAAGCCACUCGGUUCCCAUGCCAGAGCUCCGGGGUUGAUAAACAUUGAGACUCGAUCGUCGUUAGCUGAGCAGAGGCGAAAUGAUGAAGAUUUGACUUUGCGGGUUAUUUUCAUAGCAGAUACCCAUUUGUUAGGAAGUCGACUCGGUCAUUGGUUUGACAAGUUAAGAAGGGAAUGGCAGAUGGAGAGAGCUUUCCAGACAGCACUGACUUUGUUUGCUCCUGAAGCAGUUUUUGUUCUUGGUGAUUUGACUGAUGAGGGAAAAUGGGCAGACAAUAAGGAGUUUGAAGCUACAGUCAAACGUUUCAGGAAGAUGUUCCGCCAUUCACGAGGGGUUUAUUUCAAGGUUGUCAUUGGAAAUCAUGAUGUCGGAUUUCAUGGCUCCAUGAGUAAGAGCAAGUUGGAGAGAUUUUCUGAUGCCUUCAACUCGUCUGGUGUUGAAGUGGUCACUCUAAAAAACAAUAGUUUUGUGUUGGUGAACAGUAUGGCCUUCCAUGGCGAUGGUUGUAACCUCUGUUUGCCUGCUCAGACGAAGCUUCGAGGUGUUUCUGAGAGGCUUAACUGCUCCAGGUUUGGACACCAGGGUGGAGUCAAGCAGCGAGGGAAGGUCAAGUCAAGGUGCAGUCAUUACAGACCGUUACCUACAACACCUCCCAUUCUCCUACAGCAUUUUCCCUUGUACCGUCCAAAUGAUGAGAUGUGUUUAGGUGUCGACGGAACACCGCUCGAUGAGAAAUAUAUUCCUCAUGGACAGAGAAGAGAAGUUCUCUCUCAAGAAGCUACUUAUACGUUAUUAUCAUGGAUCCGUCCUCGUCUUGUGCUUAGUGCUCACACCCAUCAUGGCUGCUACAUCGUUCAUCAGAAUGUUACUCCAGAAAUCUCAGUGCCUUCUUUCAGCUGGAGAAACAGAAAGAACCCAAGCCUUACUCUCGCUUCAAUAUCUCCUACUUCCAUCGCAAUCAACAAGUGCUUCCUCCCAGAAGAAUCUCUCAUCAUCACACUUUACGCUGUAUCUGGUGUUGUCAUGGUAACAUACUUUCUUUAUUAUUUGGUCUGUAUCCUAUUCAAGCAUCGAUGGAGGAGACAUGUGAAAGUACUAUGAUGCUAUGUCACAAUUAUUAAUCCAUGUCACGUCCAUGAAAAUGUCUUAAAUUUGAUGGUGCAAUAUGAAUAUAUUUCAGUUAUACUAUACUUUGUAGCUUUGUAGAAAUCAUAGAAUAUGUUGAGUUGCUAAUGACACAGUUUAUUCUAUACUCUACUCUUACAAGGAAGAGCUAUCAUGUCACUGAAAAUAAAUUAAACUUUUUGCUCGUCAAAUUUUCUGGGAUUGUAAAACAAUUUUGAUUUUAAGAAAUAUUGAUUGACUAGAAUACAGAGAGAAGAGAAUAUAAAAGGACAUUCAAUGGAAGAGUUGACUAAGUUGAUUUUGAAAUAUUGUCAUAAAUGCAAUAUCAUUUGACAGAAAGCCAUUCAUUAAAGACCCUGACCGGUGUAAAAACAAUCAUAUAUUAAAAGAAAGGCAAUGAUUCAUACAA